GUCCGUCUAGAAUUUGCGUCUGAUUCAGAACGAACUGAAGCGUUAAUUCCGAGGUAGAGGCACGAGUUGAAGCAUGCAUUGUCACGUUUUACCAAAGUAUCUUGAUAGGGAAUGAUAACCUUACUCAUCAAAGCUACACGUCAAAGUAAAGGUGACUGAGCCCCAACUGAGGGAGGAAGUGCAACUGCCAACACCAGAGUCCGAAGGGAAACAUUCUAAUAAUGAGUUCAACCGUUCAAUUAUAUAAGCAUAUUAUGCAAUAAGUUAUUUUGCCGUUUGCAAAGCAACAUGUCUGAGGAAUUACUACAGCGAGUGAGAGACCUGGAAGGAGAGGUGGGGAGACUGAAAGCACAGCUGAGAGAGAAGGUCAAGGAAGGAACUGAGGGUGAGAUGGCGGUGUCAACCAACUCUGAUGGAAAGAAGGAUACCAGCAAGCCUGAUGCUGGUGGCAGGAAAAAGGGCAAAAGAGGGAGUCGGGACCGACCGUUUGAUUUCUCUGCCCAUCCUCGGCGCCAUGUUGCGCUCCGCUUAGCCUACCUGGGCUGGGCCUAUCAGGGCUUUGCUGUCCAGGAGAACACAGACAGCACUGUGGAAGCCCGGCUCUUCGAGGCUCUUCUGAAGACUCGACUGAUCCAGGAUCGCCAGAGUUCUAACUAUCACCGUUGUGGCCGCACUGACAAAGGAGUCAGUGCCUUUUCCCAGGUCAUGUCCAUAGACUUGCGCUCCACUCAGUUUUGUGGAGGCCUAGGAGUGACUCUCCCGUCCAAUGUCGACGCUGGUGUCAAGAACGAAGUGGACGUGGCGGAGCUACCUUAUGUGAAGAUGCUGAACCGAGUCCUGCCCCAGGACAUCAGGAUUCUUGACUGGUCACCUGCUCCGCAGGGCUUCAGUGCGCGCUUCGACUGUCAGUCUAGAACCUACCGGUACUACUUCCCACGCGGGGCUCUGGAUGUAACGUUGAUGGCAGAGGCUGCCAAACGCUACGAAGGCACUCACGACUUCCGCAACCUCUGCAAGAUGGACGUGGGCAACGGAGUGCUGCAGUUCCAGAGGACCAUCCUGUCUGCCACGGUCCAGCCUGUCCAUCAAACUCCCCCUCCUGCGCCCACUACCGCAGACCCAUACGACCUCUUCAUAUUUGAGAUCAAAGGACUGGCCUUCCUCUAUCACCAGGUGCGGUGCAUAAUGGCAGUGCUGCUGCUGAUUGGCCAGAAGCUGGAGCCCCCAGAGAUAGUGGAUCAACUCCUGGAUGUGAAGACGAAUCCCAGGAAACCCCAAUACAGCAUGGCGGUGGACUUUCCCCUGGUGCUGUUCGACUGCCAUUUUGAGGGGUUGAGUUGGCGCAGGGAGGCUGAGGAGGUGGAACAUGCCCUGGCCACGCUGCAGCACCACUGGACACAGACAGCAGUCAAGACCCAGGUCAUUCACGGCAUGAUCCAAGGCCUAGACAGCACAGGUGGGACCUCCUCUCCCCAUUGCUGGCUGAUGGAAGGUACCAAACAGCGGACCUAUCGGCCCUUGCUUGAGCGUCCACGCUGCGAGAGCCUGGAGUCCAGGAUAGAACACUUUGUUAAAAGAGGCAGGCUUGAACGAGAAGAAGGGGAAAAUGGUGGCGAAACGGUACACAAGGGCAAAAGGCCAAAGCACUCGCACAAAACCUCCAUUUCGUCUGUCCUCCCCGACGUGUCGCCGUCCUUCUGACCCCAGGGACAAUCAGAAACCAUAAGAUUGACACCUGCUAGAGAAAUUGGAUUUAUCAUAUAAUAUUGUCUGAAUUCUUAAUGCUGUUAUUUUACUUUUAGAUUAUUUUUUUAUGUAAUGGAGAAACAAUUGUAGGUUUUUGUUAUUCUCUGGAAUAAAUCAAUUUGAGAUUCA